AUGUCAACCUCGUCAUCCACAAAACGCAAGCACGUCUACUCGGAGCUGCUUCAACCGGAACUCAGAGUCCCCAGGGAGAAUCAGCAGAUCGUGCGAUUGACGGGAGGAAGGGGAAACCACCUGCACGACGCUGAAACACCAGAAGGUGACAAGUUCAUCGUCAGCAUGCCUACCAAGUUCCGCAAGAGUGUGUGGGUGAAGCGAGGCGACUAUGUACUAGUAGAAAGUAUCCCUGAAGGCGAUAAGGUCAAAGCAGAAAUUGUUACCGUGUUGACCAAAGAUCACAUUAGAUUCUACAAGAAUCAGAAGUGCUGGCCAGACCAGUUUGAGGAAAAGAGUAACUCUUUUAGCGUCCAGCCGAGGUACGAAACAUCGUCCUCAUCAUCUUCCACUUCUGACGAAGACUGAAGACUAAUCUCGUUGUUUUGUACAAAGUUAUACAUUUUCUACCAUAAAGUUUUGUAUUAAUGCA